AUGCACGUGAGUGAUGAGGUUGCGGAAGUCGUGAUUGGAAGAACGGGAGAGAGAUUUGACGACGUCAUCAAUGAAAUUAAUCGAUUCACGGAUGAGAAUCCCGGCGAGGUUAUCUUCUUGCAGUUUCGCUAUCUGGUCGGUGUCCGCAAUGUGCCGAGCCUUGGACCCAUCUAUUGGGAUGAAGGUAUCAAGGACAAGUUCUUUGACAAACUCAAAGAGAUCAACAGUCGAUGCCCGGGACUUGACAGUGGCUUGCAAACGUCGAAGAUAGGCGAUUUGAUGGACAAGAAUGAUAACAAGGGUUGCGUGCUUAUCUUCUUGAACACCCAACAUCUGUCUAAGAUCUCCGAUAAAGGCAAGCAUACUUCAGCUGACGACGGCAUCUACAACAUCGAUUAUAUCGACUUAACUGAUGCGUGGCCAGAAAAAGAAGACACGAAAGAGAUGGCUGAAUGGGCAAUAAAGAAGUGGACAAAUAAGACUGAGGGCAACUUCUACAUAGCCCAGUGGCUCGGUACACCGCAUUUCUGGACUUCGACGUUUUCAUACGGCCUCCAGUCAAUCGCCGUUCUGCCUACCAAUCCAGCACUCUACUGGAGGGGCGUAAAUGAGAUCUCGGACAAAAUUUUCCCCAACGUCAUCUUGGUGGACUACAUUGGCAUGGUGAUCAUGAAUGAGCCUGGAUGGGAUGCAUUGAGUGCUGAGUUGUAUACUUUGGCAAUCGGUCUCAACUUAUACACAAUCAGCGAAAACUGUGACAUCAGCAAGAGGAGGUCUCCUUUGCUCCCAAGUCCAAAGAAUUUGAGGAAGCCUCCGAGCCCCCUAGUAUCGCAAUUCAACGGCAUCAUUUUUGCAAAUUGGACGACUAUUGCCGACCCGCCGCCUGGCCUUCAUCCGGGUCGCGUGGAGGUUUUGAAGAACGGGACGGUUUUCAGCAACGGCACAAUCCUGGAGGAGAGUGUGCCCAACCCAGACUUCAACUCUAGUUUGUUUUGA